AUGUACUCAACUACUCCUAUUAAAUACAGAAGUAGAAGUAAUGACAGUAAUGAUAAUAACGAUAAGAACGAGGACGAGGAUAAUAACGAUAAUAGCAACGACAAGGACGACGACGACGAUAACGAUAACAAUGAGGAUGAGGGCAGCAGCAUCGACAACGAUGACGAGGACAGCGAGGACGAUGAGGACGACGAAAAUAGUAACAACGACGAUAGUAGCGAUGACUACGAGGGUAGCAACGACGAUAAUAACGAAUAUGAGAUGGGAUGA